AUGAACUCUAGAUUUGCAUCAUUGCUCGAUUACUAAAACUAUGCAAAGAAUAUCCUCUCUAAGAAUAUCUAUGAAUCUUUAGAAGACGGAAAUGGAGAUUAGGUAACUAAAAGUGAAAACGAAGAAGAUUUCGUAAGAAUUAAGAUGAAACUGAGAGGAAUGGCUAAUAUGAAAUAUUUUAAGGGAAUAGAGAAAGAGUUUAAUCUCAAAAAGGUUUCUUCUCCAAUUGUAAUGGGAAAUCUUCCUUUGCAAGGCAGAUUCUGCUAUGAUGGGGAGAUUGCUGCUGCUUAAGCAGCAAAAGAAUUAGGAAUAAUCUACACUUUAGAUUGCCACAAGUCAAGCAAAUGCUAAGAUCAAAUAAUGAAAGAAUCAGUGGGAGGGGCAAAAAUCUUAAUGUUAUCACCUGCUCAAACUGGCUAAAAACGAACAGAGAUAAUUGAGAAAUUUAAAACUAACCAAGAUGUGAUUGCCUUUGCUAUUAAUCUAGGUCUUGAGAGUCAAACAGACUCCUAUUAAAAAAGACAUGGCAAGUAAGAUUAAGAUGCUUUGGAACAAAGCCAAUCUGCAUUUUCACUCAAUGAUCUUAAAUCUUUGAAAAUCUCAGUAGGAUCUUUGCCAUUAAUUGUGAAAGGUAUAAUGAACAAAGAAGAUGCUCUUCUAGCAAUAUAAAAUGGAGCUGAUGCAAUUUGGAUAUCAAAUGUCGGAGGACGAUCCCUUGAUACAUAACCAUCUGCAAUAUCAGUUCUUAAAGCUAUCUCGUAAACAGUCAGAAAAGCUAACCCCUAAGUUCAAAUCUUUAUCGACGGAGGCUUUAGAAGAGGAACUGAGGUUAUUAAGGCGAUUUCUUUGGGUGCAGACUUUGUCUGCUUAGGAAGACCUAUAGCUUGGGGACUUGUGUUCAAAGGAAAAGAUGGCUUGAAAGAAAUGAUUGAGUUGCUAACAGAAGAAUUAAAACUUGGAAUGGUUUUGACUAAUAACAUGAGCAUUAAUGAGAUAAAUGAGAAUAAUGUUAUCCAUAGUUAUAGAUAUAGGCUAUGA